AUGGAAUUGUUGGAAAAAGAAUGGUUUAUUGAAGCUCCCUGGGGAAGAAUAAGCAUUAUUGCAUGGGGUAAUUGUUAUGAUCCACCUGUACUGCUCUGCCAUGGAUUAAUUGACUCAGCUGCUUGUUUUAGGCCACUCAUCAGAUUGUUACCACAGAAGUUUUACUAUAUAGGUAUAGAGUUGCCAGGCAAUGGAAAAUCAGACCCAUUCCCACGGGGCAUGGUACUAACACUAUAUGACUUUGUGUAUGCUGUUCAUGUUGUAGUGAACCACUUCAGAUGGGAAAAAUUUAUUGGUAUAGCUCAUUCGUUUGGUUCAUCUGUUGUGAAAAUAUACAACUUAUGUUAUCCAGGCAAAUUAACAAAGAUUAUAGAAUUUGAUCCGGCAUUAUAUAGGAUGGUGACCCUGGGAGAUUUUCACGACUGGUACCAAGUGACUUUUGGUGAUUUUUUCAAAAACUUUAACGAAUAUAACAUCGAUAUUGAGAAAACUAUGAAAGUGUCAAAGGAUGAGGCUAUUCAGCGUUCCAUGAAACGCCGCCAAUUGUCAGAGAAAUAUGCGAAAGAGACUUUAGAGAGAAUUUCUAUACCCGCUGGUGAUGGCUUCGUGAGAUACACCUACGACCGUCGGUUAAAAGUUAUACAAACGCCACCAUACACGCCCGAACACUACAAGGAUGUUUUGACAAGUGUCAAAACUCCAACUUUGUCUAUUAUAGCUCAAGAUACAAUCGACUUUGGAAUCUAUGAACAGACGCCAUUUUUGCUGGACGAAACGGCGUAUCCGAACGGCAAUUGUCGGAUUAAAAUUGUGAAGGGUUCGCAUGAUGUGCAUUAUAAUAAUCCGGAGUGUAUCGCAGAUUAUGUUACUGAGUUUUUGAUUGGUGGCUUUAAAGCUAAAUUAUAG